AUGUCUGGCAAGGGUAGCGGCAAGUCCAAGUCUGGAGGAAAGGCGUCUGCGGACGCAAGCAAGUCACAGUCUCGCUCGGCGAAGGCGGGUCUCCAGUUCCCCGUCGGUCGUGUCCACCGUCUCUUGAAGAAGGGCAACUACGCUCAGCGCGUCGGUGCUGGCGCACCAGUCUACCUCGCGGCGGUACUCGAAUACCUCGCUGCCGAGAUUCUGGAGCUGGCGGGCAAUGCCGCGCGGGAUAACAAGAAGCAGCGUAUCGUGCCCCGGCAUCUGCAGCUCGCCAUCCGGAACGACGAGGAGCUGAACAAGCUCUUGGGCGACGUCGUGAUCUCGCAGGGUGGUGUGGUGCCGUUCAUUAACCCCGAGCUCUUGCCGAGCAAGACGUCGCAGAAGGGGCGGAAGAGCGACGCGUCGCAGGAGGUCUGAGCGCGCUCGUCUCGGCUCUGUGGACGUUUCUCUGGUCUCUUCGUGUAUGAACAGCGUGUAUGGGUAUGCUAGUGUAUGUUUAUUGAUGCGUUGUUGCGAAU